UUGCAAUCAAGUUUUCUGUAAAUCCUCCACUCAGAAUAAUGAUUUUGUCGUUUAAAGUCAUCCAAAUUUCAUUAUUUAUUGUAAUUUUUGUCAAAUUCAUGUCACCUCAAGCACCGCCGAGGAAUGAACUAGACCGCAAAUUUCCAUACGUUUCAAUGUUUAAAUCAGUGACUUGUGAGAAUUUUAAUGUCACUGGCUAUGGAUAUGUCAAGAAUUGCACAGUCAAGCCUUACUCGAGGAAUCAUUCAACAUUAAAUUUUGGAUAUACGUUCAACAAGAAAGUUGACAGACCAUUUUACGUCCGAAUUUUGAUGCUUUAUAAGUUUGGAAAUAUUUAUCGUGAAGUUUACAAAACAACAAUUGAAGUUUGUUCGAUCCUUGAUAAUAUUGAGUCACAGCCUGUAUUUAAAGUAUACAUAUCAGCUAUUAAAAAAACUUUUGGAGAUCUUUUGCAUAAAUGUCCAUAUUCAGGCUCUGGAGAAUUCAUCAACAUUACAAUUGACGAAACGGAGACUAGAAACAACAUUUUGUAUCCUGAAGGAUUCUUUAAAGUGUGCGUGACAUUUUUGAAGCCAGCAGACCAGCCAAUUGCAAGAUUAUGUCCAGUUUUUUAUACAAAAUCGCCAUUGAAGGAUUCUUUUGGGAAAAAAUGAUUUUUAUUUGUCUUCUUUUUAGUUUUUGGUGACUUGCUACAAAAGAUUUGGGAACUUAUUGCUUAUUAAAUUAAG